AUGGAAGCCUUAUCAAUGUUCGUAGAAGCAGGUCUUCUGCUGACAAAAAAAAUUGUAAAUGAGAAUAAAAUACGUAUACACAACAAUUUAAAGAAGAAGUCACUACUAGUAGAUGUACCAAAAGCUGGUUUUGGAAAUACUAACACAGGCAAUGUAUCAAGACGAUUUUUCUGUGAUCCUGAGACAGCAUCUAGAAUUACCGGAGUAGAUUUAGAUUUGAUAAAAAGGCUUAGAACUUUGUUAGAGGUCAUUUCAAGCGGUCACAGAAUAGAUACCGACAAAUUAUCAACAUUUUGUAAGGAAACUUCAGAAAUUUAUGUGAGACUUCACGGAUGGUAUCCCAUGACGCCUACACUCCACAAAUUGUUGGUUCAUGGACCUACAAUAAUAAAACAUGCCAUAAUCCCUAUAGGCCAGCUCUCUGAAGAAGCGGCAGAAGCGAGAAACAAACACUUUCGGCAAUACCGUACUGAUUUUGCUAGAAAGUUUUCAAAAAUAUCUUGCAAUGUGGAUGUACUAAAUAGGCUUUUAUUGAGUUCAGACCCAUUGUUAUCGUGUACGCGAUCAAGAUUUAUGAAGAAUAAGAAGCCAUUCACAAAAGAAGCAUUGGAAUUUCUUAUACCAGAAAGUGAUGAUUCUGAAGAUACAGGAGCACAAUAUACGACAACGAUAGAUGAUUAG